AUGGCCCAGGAGAUCGAAGAGCAGGCGCGGAGAUUAAAAGAGGAAAAAAACGCAACCGAAAGUGGGAUUCCUCCCAUUAAUCUCGGCAGCGGCGUCGCUCUGGAGUGGAGAAAAAUCACUGAUACUAAUCUGCUGGAAUCCGUGCUGAAUCGAGUUGAGGCUGCCCACAGCACCAACUUGGAAAAUGAGGGUUUUGUGAAUGCUGGAUCUCCAUUCUACCUCUGGGAGCAGCCAGCAAGCGGAAAAUCGGUCGUGGUAUCCAGGUCUAUUAGCCGGAGUAAAAUGAGGUGGUCACAGGUAUACAGCCCUGCCAUGAAAAGGAGAUUCAACAAGAUCUCUGCUCUAGCCAAGGGAUUUUUAACCAGAAGACUCUUGCAGACAGAGAAGCUAAAGCAUCUGAGACAAACGGUCCAUGAUACGAUGGAGUUCAUCAAAAACUUCCAGUCCGAAGCUCUGUCCAAGAGGGGAAACCUCCCCACUCAAGAUGCCAAUCUCCAAGAAAGAGUGGUUGCUCAGCUGCAGGCAGCCCUGUAUGAUAUUCAUGACAUUUUCUUCAAAAUGGAGGUGCCGGAAAGGAUGAGCAUCUUACGUCAAGAUCGAGAAAUCCGCAAAGAGAAAAUGCUUCGGCAGCUGGAUAAAGCCAAGUCCCCAAGAGACAAAGUGGCCCUUUCUACAGCUACGCAGAAGUCGCUGGAUAGGAAGAAGUAUAUAAAGGCUGCUGAAGUGGGAAUCCCAAAUAAAAAAAAACUUGGGAAGCAAAGGAUCUUCGAAAACAGAGUCCUUCAGCCCAACCAAGGUCAAAACGCUCCUAUCCAAAGGCUGCUGUCCAGACAAGGAACCUCUAAGGCCUCAGUGAAAGGGGCCGAGCAAAAUAGAAAGAAACCCUCAGACCACAGAGUGCCUAGCAAGGGCUUUUCAGGAGUAUCUGCCGGAAGAAUCCCAAGAAAGAAGCCAAAUGUUGCGACAACCUAAGAAGACAGCAUUCCCUUGGCUAGAAAGUGGCUUAGCAUUGUCCUUCAACGUUCUCCUUCAAAGAAUGUGGGGCGUGGUCCUGUUAAAAGAGUCUCUGGAAUGGAGAUAUGAAGGCGAAGGAAAUAUGAAUGUGAACAUGAAGACGAGCCUUCCAUUUGAGUUCUGGGUUUUUGCGCUUUGCUUACUCCCUCAAGUAGAUAUUUUUCAAGGGGAUUCUUCCAGCAAUCCUUUUAGCCUGGGCUACAUUUUUUUCAAUUGUGCAAUAAAUAACCCGGAAGUGUGUUGGCUUUAGAUGUCCCUGCAUUCUUGUUUCUCUCUGACAUGCUUUGGGAUAGUUCAAAAGCAUUUCUGAAAAGGAAAUUUUUGGUCUCAGCUCUCUGGAUCGUUUUCAAAGAUGGCUGCACUUUUGUGUUACACAAAACGUCUCUUGGCCACUUCGGUCCUCUAUAAUCAGGAGGGUCACGAUGUUGAACAUAUGUUUCUUUAGGCUUUCAGCACAUAAUCAGAGGGUAUAAAUAUUGUAUUCACCCACUUCCUUUUUUCUGGCUAUAGUCUUGUUUCUGAGCAUGCUGUGAGAUCUAGUUUAUAAAAUGCUAUCAGACUUGAUUUUUGUAGUAAGCAAACUAGAAAUCUCUUUAACAAAUGCUAACAACUAUCAGGUGGGCAGGGAAGGUUAUUUUGUUCAACAUUUGCCUCCUUUCUCUUUUUAAAUCCAAAUAUUUGGUGGCAUUCUUUAUAAACAACAUUAGAAUAAUAAAUAACCAGUGCUAAUAGUAAAUUGGAACAUUGUGCAACUUAUAUUAGUCGAAGGUUACUUACUUAACUUUGGACUAAUGGUAAAUUGGAAUAACGUUGUCCAUCUUUUCUCUUUCAAUGUAUAACAUGAGAUCAAUCUUAAUUUCACAGAAAAGCUGGAUGAACAAAACCAUUUCAAAAUACAAAUUGUAUUUAUGUAAAUAUUGUUUUGGAGGUGGGGGAAAGGCGGAGUGGAUUUUAGUGUGGUUUUGAAAGAUUGAAACAAGACCAUGUUGGGGAAUAAAUUGGUGUGCUGCUUUUAGUGCUUUAUCCCAGUAUCAUAUUUAGUCACAGUUAAUGUCUAAUGUUAAUUUGCUUGUUCAGUUGAUAUUAAUAUUUUGCCAAUGGUAGAGGUUUCAGAUGUGGCGUCACUUAAAUCAUUCCCACGAAUUGAAAAAUUAAGGUUCCACUAAAAAAAAUGGGGUUAACUUAUACAUGGAUACAGUUAUUUAUACUUAUAAACAUGUGUAUCUUCUGAUGCUUUUAUUACAUCAUGCAAUGUUUUAAAAUCACAUUUGGAACUGUGGCUGCCUUGAUACCAGUGUAAAAAAAAAGUCAAAGAUUAUUGAUAGAAUGAUAAACCAAUCUUGCUGGGUUAUCUUGGUUUAUUGUAGACAAAAAUCCCACACAAAUGGAUAAACAAUAAUAUAAAAUUUUAAGCAACACCCAUCCCCAGUCCCUGGAUUUCUCAGUCUGACUAAACCAGGAUGUAUAAGCAAACCCCAGCUUGGUUAAGAGCAUUUGGUCAAAUGAGCAUCUGAUUUGAACUUUGCACAAAAUGCUUUGUAUUUCUGGCUUUUUAAAAAUCUGCUUCUUUGUUUGUUUUAUCUGCUUAUCUGAAGGGAGGUCUGAAAUAGGAGUCAACUACAGAGAUUGGCUCUGCUUGAAUGGUAAAAAUGGACAAGCCACAAAUUGUGAUGUAACCAAUCAUGGUUUUAAAGAUUGCCCCUGGCAAGGGCUUGUCACGGAAAUAUUUCACUGCAUUCUGGAUUUAAAUCUAUUUUCAAUGCUCUUGUCUUGCCUGAGGUUCAAAAAAACUGAAGAUUCACAAGCUGACUUAAAAAUUGCGAUUGUUACCUUGCAUGUUAGGCUACAGUUUACAUGUGUCGAUGCUAAAAGUAAUCUAAUUGUGUGCUGUGGAGUUAGACAUAAGCUGCAUGUAAAUAGUGCAAGUUCAGUAAUUUAAGUGGACCUUUUUAAUAUUUUAGCACAAAAUGUUUUAUUUAUAAAUUAACAACAUAUGGUCUUCUGUUUACUAGUGCCAGGAUGCCUUUUGUAACUUAAUGUUUCAUAUUUAUUUAUUCUCAAUAUUUGUUUGCCUUAUUUUUGAGUGGAAUGCCAUGCUAUUAUAAGCCUUAUUUUUGUAUAUUGGUUUUCACCUCUCCUUUUUAAAAAUCUCUUUAAAUAUAUUACACAA